GUAAACCAGUCGUGAAAGUCGCACAGAAACGUGAAGACCAUUCUAAAGGAUCAACAACAUUCGUUAACAACAGCAAUAACCACAUUACAGUCAAGUCAACAAAGUAAAUGGAAAUGAGAAAAGUUACUGAAACGCUGCUGACUACACUGCUCUGCCUAAGCCUACACUGCAGCAGAAAUGUCGCUGGACAACAAAGAUUUCACGCACGGCAACACACAGCAGAAUUUCUGCCAAGGUACCAACACUUCAAAGGUGAUGACUUGAGCAACCACGGUGCGGCUGCGGGACUAGGGACGUCUGGAUUCGUACUGCCUGUACCGAUUCAUGGGGAAGGACUACUAGGUUAUGGUCCCCAAUCGUCACAGUCCAUUCGAUUUGGUCAGCGCUUUCCUAUGAACUUCAAUCAAAUAUCCGCACACGGAAGCGUUGGCAACGGAGUCUAUAGCGGGCCUGGAAGCUAUACCAUCCCCUGGCCCAGUGAUAAUAACCGUAGAAGCGCAUACCGUGGGAGAUCACCAAGAGAUCCACCACAACAUUUAGAUGGAACCAGUGAUGUACGAUAUUCAGCGCCUCUGGCCGCACGGAUCCACGAUACAACAGGCAGAACCCAUGUUUCUGGUCGGGGCUACGGAACACAGUACAACUUAAAGAAUGAUAACAACCACAGCUAUAGGGAUGAGUACCAUUCCACAAAUAACGAAGGUCAUCACUACGGAAACGGGUACAGCUCUAGAAAUGAAGAAGACCGUCGCGACGGAAACGGGUACAACACUGGAAAUGAAGAAGACCGUCGCUACGGAAACGGGUACAGCUCUAGAAAUGAAGAAGACCGUCGCUACGGAAACGGGUACAACACUGGAAAUGAAGAAGACCGUCGCUACGGAAAUGGGUACAGCUCGAGAAAUGAAGAAGACCGUCGCUACGGAAACGGGUACAGCUCUAGAAAUGAAGAAGACCGUCGCUACAGAAACGGGUACAACACUGGAAAUGAAGAAGACCGUCGCUACGGAAACGGGUACAACACUGGAAAUGAAGAAGACCGUCGAUAAGGAAACGGGUACAACACUGGAAAUGAAGAGGACCGUCGCUACAGAAACGGGUACAACACUGGAAAUGAAGAAGACCGUCGCUACGGAAACGGCAAACGGAUACAACUCAAGAAAUGAAGAAGACCGUCGCUACAGAAACGGGUACAACACUGGAAAUGAAGAAGCCUGUCGCUACAGAAACGGGUACAACUAAAGAAAUGAAGAAGACCGUCGCUACGGAAACGAGGUACAACUCAAGAAAUGAAGAAGACCGUCACUACAGAAACGGGUACAACACUGUAAAUGAAAAGACCGUCAGUAUGGAAAUGGGUACAACUCAAGAAAUGAAGAAGACCAUCAUUAUGGAGAUGGGUACAACACUAGAGAUGAAGAAUACCGUCUCUAUGGAUAUGGGUACAACUCUAGAAAUGAAGAAGGCCGUCACUACAUAGACAAUAAUGGCCGUAGUGAUAACGAUGGCCACUAUCACCAUGUAACUGCUACAAAUACUGGUAUUGCUGGCGUGCCACAUCGAAUUCUGAAAGGUCUGGGCAAAUCUUCAGACAGAACAGCACAUUUACCAAGAGUAGGUUCCUUCUUGCGGAAAUUAUUCAAGGGCAAACCUACAUAAUAUAUACUCUAAUAUACUAAGUAAUAAGAAAAAAUGUUUUUACAAUAAUUUAUGAGGUUGCAUAUUUUUCACAUACACACAUGGUGGUAACGUCACAGAUGUAAAUACAUCUAAUAGGGGAGUGAUAUUUUGAGUGCUCAAUGACUCAAUUCAAUCAUGGAUAGUGAAAGAGAUUACGAUAUUUUAACUUGAG